AGGCCCAGCUGGGGGAGGGGGAGGAGGAGGUCCCGGGGAGGGGGGAGGUCCGGCUGGAGUACGAGCUGGAGGACGAGGAGGAGGAGGAGCGGGAGCGGGAGCUGGAGGAGCUGAGGGGCCAGGUGGUGCAGCUGCUGCUGGAGCUGGAGGCCACGCGGGAGGUGGCCCAGCGGCACGAGGAGACCUUCCUGGAGCUGCAGGGUCUAUUGGAGGACGAGCGUCUCGCCACUGCCCAUCAGGCCGAGAGCUUCACCAGACAGAUCCACCGUCUGCAAGCCCAGCUGCGGUCGGUGCGUGAGGAGAUGUGCGCCCUGGAGGAGGACAAGGAGGCGGAGGUGGCGGAGGCCCAGGAGGAGCUGCGCGUGGCCCAGGAGGAGGUGGUGCUGCUGCAGCAGGCGGCCGACGAGGCGGCGGGCGAGCGCGAGGGCGACAUCGCCUCGCUGCAGGAGGAGCUGUGCCGGCUGCGGGCCGAGCUGCAGCGGCUGAGGGCCGCCUCCCAGGGCCACGAGCUGGAGGUCGCCGCGCUGAGGGCCGAGGUCGCCGCGAAGGGCCGCGCGGCCGGGGGGCCGGAGGGGCCCGACGGCGCCAUGAGUCAGCUGAAGGAGGAAUACCGCUCCCUGAAGGAAGACUGUCAGUCGUUGGCCAACAACAACCUGGAGCUGACCAGCAGACUCAAAAAGCUGCAGCAGGACCAGGCGCAGCAGCAGGCCAGCCGCGCUGACGACAUCUACAUGGCCCUGAAGGAGGAGCCCUCCGACGCGGAGGACCUGGUGAAGACCGACGGCUACAUCACCCUGUCCCAGGCCGAGCCCCCCCGCCAGCCCAACGCCCGGCCCGCCCGGGACCCCCCCAGCACCCCGGCGGGGGACGGCCAGGAGGUCAGCGCUCUGAAGGCCCAGCUCCGGGAGGCCGAGGAGAGGGCGCAGGAGGUCCAGAGAGAGUGUGAGGGGCUGAAGGAGGAGCUGGUGGAGCUACAGACGCUGUACGACAGCAGUCAGCGGGAGAGGGCGGGGCUUGACCAGGAGCUGCGCUGCUGCAGGGCGGAGCUUGAGGAGCUGGUGGGGCGCACGGUAAAGGGGAACAAGAGCGAGAGCUGGCAUCUGGCGGUGGCGGGGGCGGUUGCCAUGACAGCCGUGGUCGCCCUAGUGGUCUCUGGCAUCAUGCGGGCGGUGGCGUGAGCGCACGGCUAACGGAACUUUCCGGCAGCGCGACGAACGGAGUACUCUUUUUUUCCUUCAUUUUUUCUCUAUGUCACACAUUUUUUCAAAGCUACGUCGCCGCAUCAUGCUAUCGGCGCUUCAUGCUAUCGGCGCUUCAUGCUAAACAGCGCUAAUUGCUCCAGUAGGCUACGCGGCGCUAGCCGCUAACAUAGGCUACUACGCAUGGCCCCCCGAGCCUUCCAGCGUCCCCCCCGCCGUCUGUGGUCUCACGCCCGUCUUCCCGAUAUCGUCUUCAGCCCGCAGCGUAGCGGUCAGUGUGUUAUGUCGUGAGUGAACGUGUGGUAGAAGUAUGCUAGGAGGGAUUAUUAGGUCAAUUACAACAAGUGUAUGAUAGACUUUAUAUGUAGGCCUAUAAAUAUAUAUAUAUUGUAGGAUAAAACUUGUUUAUUUGAUUUUACAAAGCUGUACACAAUUUAUUUAUUUUUAGCAGUAGGCUAAGUAAUUACCGGGUGUCAUUAAAGUUAGAGUUAUGGUUGUUGAAGCAACCCAUGGUUCGCCUUAUUUUACUUUAAUGAAUUACAUCACACUUAUGAUGGAUAUAGCCCAGAAGGCCUUCUCGUUAAAUUAAAAUGCUGUGGAGUGUGAAGACUUAAGGAAAUGUUCCAAAAACUGUUACUUAUCGUGCUAUGGUGUAUAAAUCCCUACCCCUCUCUAAUCGUUACCUAUCGGCGAUUUAUAAUCCUCUCAGUCUAAAGAACAACAACUCUUGCCAGAGCUAAUAUUUAUAGCAAGUACUAACCGCAAACAAUUAUAGAAAGCGAUCUUUUUAAAGCUUUAUAAAGUCUCCAGUCUGUAGCCUAUAGGCUUACUGGAAUUCGCUAGCCCAGUUUUUGGAGGUGAAAUGCAGGGGAAUACGAAAAUGAUUUUAAUAAACAGAAUUCACUGUCAGCUUAAAGAGUAGCACUGUCCCCGUUUCUAAGGUUAUUUGCGCGUAGAUUUUCUUCAAUACAUGCCUUUUAUUAUCUCUUUUUGCGUCAAAUCUGACGUAUUUUGGCACUAGGCCUCCUAGAGUAUAGGUUCAUUGCAUACCUACGCAACAUUCAAACUCAAUAAGGCCAAUCUGUUUGUACUCAAUUCGACCACUAGAGGGUGUAAUUUGGCGCCAGAUUUGUCUGGGAACAUAAAUACCGCUAACGUCAUGUUUGUGUUUUAGAUGUAAAAUUGAAAAAAAAUAUAUAAUAAUCAAAUUCAUACAUUAAACAUACAAGUGUGGCGUGACUUAAGCUUGGACCAAUACCCAGAGCUGCCUAAAGAUUCAGAUGGAUAUUUUUGUAUGGAUUAUUUUCUGUGGGUUUUCAGUUUUCGGUUGAAGUAAUCUUUUUUAACAUUAUAAUUGUUAUUUUGAGGUGAACACAACCAUAAGGUUACCAAAAAAUACAGGACGCUGUGGCAGUACCUCUGUGGGAUCAUACCUAGUUCUCCAUGAACACAAAAUAUAGCUGAAUGUAGCCUACAAUUGUCUGCACUGCAUUGCAAACGGAGACUUUAACAAACAAUAAAGGACAUUCCAAUUUUCUAUUGAGUUCCAGCAAUAAAAUGCAAUCAAUACGACCCGACAUUUCCUACUGUUUCUACUAGCAAAUGGUGUUGAAUUUAAAAUUGUACACAACUUCCAGUUUCUUUGUUUGGCUUGGUAUUCGUCUUGUAAACAUUAGCUUAUUUGUGACAUUGGCUUCUCACCGAACACUGUAUGGCUCCUCUUCUUACAUCCCCUACAAACUCGAAUGCUGUUGUUGUUGUUGUCGUUGUUGUUAUUAUGAUCUGAUUUGCAUUCUGUUAUUUAUCUACUGUAUGACGUUAAAUUUCUGAUGGGAUUACGUGAUUAUGCUGCCAGGAUCUUCCUAGAUAGUGCACCCGAGAUAUUCUCACGGUUUUAUUCAUUUUUACCGCACGUUUUAUAAGAAUAAACCUGUCCUUGCAUGAUUUAAUCUGUACUGUUUCAUGGAUUUAGUUACUUUACGUUAUAUCUUAUUUUGGUUUGUAGCUUUCUUUUUGCUUGAAUUUGGGUGAAAUCGCACAAUUAGCACAAAGGCAUGCUUGGCUCAAUCCGAUUAUAAUCAAAUGGUCUCCUAUGGUCUCAGCUACCUUGCAUACACUUACCUUAAGGUACUCGCACAAAGGCAUACUCCAGUAAGGCCUAUGCCGUAUAUCAUGCAUCUCAGUAUCUUAUCCACUUGCUCAAGCAUUAAUGUAUCCGACAGUUAAUACUACUAAGAAAUGGAAGUAUCUCAUGCUUGUCGUCAUGUACAUCCAUCUGUAUAAUAUUCUAAACAGAUAUGUAGCAUUUGUACUGUUUUGUAAAUAGUAGAGUGAAGAUCAAGUAUAUAAAAGUAUUACUCAAAAGGAUAGGACAUUUGCACACAGUAUUUGCAUACAGCUCACUACAGUAUUUUUUUCCCCAACCACUGUGUUGUUUGCAGUAACCUUAUAGAUCCAGUCCUCGGGGAGCGCCAGACCUUCUGUGUAGACCUAUCUGUUGCAUGUUAGACCCAGAGAAGCAUCGUUGCAUGGCCCUUGAUGAGCAGAUACCCUGUGGUCGAAACAGCAUGCACGGUAAAUGCAUCUACAUUCAGUAUAUUUUACCUCAGCUGUAGGGGGAUUCAUUGAGUCGUAGAAUACAUCCACCUGCACAGAUUUGUGUUUUAUUAGUAUUACUGUCCGUCAGAUGUGUUUCCGUUGUCUAGUUUAUGUUGAUCGUAAUCUGGUGAAUGUAAUCCAAAUCUGCAGUUAUCUUUUUGUUUCCCUCUGUAUCGAAAUCUGGAACAGAUUGUUUGAGUUUUAUUUGAAUCUAUGUUUGUUAGAUCUUGUGAGUUGCCCUCCUUGCUACUUUUGGGGUAAUGUGUAGAACCCGGGCAGUGUAUAUUAACUUCCGGUAUAUCAAAUACAACUGGUUAGUGUUAAAUGAGACGUGUGUGUGUAAGUGUGUGUGUGUGUGUGUGCGUGUGUGUGUGUGUGUGUGUGUGUAGGAUAAAUCUAUGCUUGUUGUUUUGACGUUUGAAUCAAUGUGUUGUGUCGCUGUCAAAGAUGAGUCAGUCAUAUUUCUUUCUGGGAGAGAAUCAUUUUUCUUGGUUCAAGAAUACACCUGGAUUUUGUGGCAUUUGAACAAAUAUUUUUGACCCCAGGGUCAUGUUUUGACAUGGACACAGGAGGUCAUUUUUCUUUCUGUCGCUUGUUCUUUUCUGUACUUUUGAAUGUUAUUUGUGUCUGAUCCUUGUUUAAAACAAAACUUUGUCAAAAUAACUCUGUACAUUUUGUAAAUGAAACUGAAAGAUUAAAGACAUUUUAUCCUUG